AUCCAUUUAAUUCAUCCUGAUCCAAAGAUAUACCAUUUAUAUUAUUUUGUGGACCUUAAGGUUUCUUCUUGAAUUAUGAGUUGAACAGCUAGCCAGCAUUUCAAGCUUGUCUCACUCAACAGACAAAAUGGACUCUGCAAUCAACUCUGGAUAUUGCCGAACAAGUGAACUAAAAGCUUUUGAUGAAACGAAAGCUGGUGUUAAAGGACUUGUUGAUGGCGGAAUUAUCAAAGUCCCUCGCAUUUUCUAUCGAUUGCCUGAUGAUUUCGACAAAAUUUCAUGUGCUGAGACUGAUUUUGGCGCCAGCUUCACUUUCCCUAUCAUAGACCUUGAAGGCGUCGAUAAAGGUUCAAUUUCUCGCAAGGAGAUUAUUGACAAAGUACGAAAUGCUUCAGAGGACUGGGGAUUUUUUGAAGUUGUUAAUCAUGGGAUUCCUGCAAGUGUCCUGAAGGAGAUGAUGGAUGGUGUCAAUAGGUUUUUUGAGCAAGAUAUGGACAUUAAAAAAGAAUUCUUCUCUCGUGAUUACACCCAAAAGGUCGUCUACAAUAGUAACUUUGAUUUGUACAGUUCACCAUCAGCUAAUUGGAGGGAUACAGUCUUUGUUCAAACGGCUCCUGAUCCUCCCAAGCCAGAAGAGUUGCCAGCCGCAUGCAGAGAUGUACUAAUGGAGUACUCCAAGGAAGUAAUGAAAUUAGGAAAUUUAUUGCUUGAAUUGUUUUCGGAGGCUCUUGGUCUGAACCCAAACCACUUGAAAGACAUGGAUUGCAGUGAGGGGCUUGUAAUUUUGGGGCAUUACUAUCCACCAUGUCCCCAGCCAGAAUUAACAUUGGGCUCAAGCAGGCAUGCGGACAGUGAUUUCUUUACAGUGCUUCUACAAGACCAUAUUGGUGGUCUCCAAGUUCUCCAUCAGAAUCAGUGGAUCGAUGUCCCUCCUACGCCAGGGGCUCUAGUGGUUAACAUUGGAGACCUUCUACAGCUCAUAACAAACGACAAGUUCAUAAGCGUGGAGCAUAGGGUGGUGGCAAACCGUGUAGGACCAAGAAUAUCUGUGGCUAGCUUCUUUAGCACUACUCUGAAGCCAACAUCAAGACUCUAUGGUCCUAUUAAAGAGUUGUUAUCAGAAGGAAAUCCUGCUAAGUAUAGGGAAACCAGCGUGAGAGAGUACUCUGACCAUUUCAAAACCAAAGGCAUCGAUGGGACUACCGCUUUGCUGAAAUUCAAGCUUUGAAACUUAAUUAGGAAAUACAAAGAAGGAAAUAGCAUGAUAAAUCUGUUAAGAGAAAUAAAUGCGAAAGAAUAAAGAGCCUUUUUAUUGAAUGAAAAUAAAUUUUUUAUAGUGCUAUUAA